AUUCUAGUAAUUGACUGAUCUGAGCUGAGUGCUCAGAACAGGAGGUUGAAGAAUCAGGGCCCAGCAUUUCCUGUGGGCAUGUCUUCUCUGAGGAAUGCAGUGAAGGGACAGAAAUUUCACAGGGAGAGACAUCAGCCUGCCGCCAGACAACACCUCGGACAUCUAGAGAAGAAGCGGGACUACAAGCUCAGAGCAAAUGAAGACAAUAAAAAGAAGCACCAGCUGAAGGCCCUGAAAAGGAAGGCUCUGAACCGAAAUCACGAGUUCUACUUUCACAUGGUCAACUCUGCAACGAAGGACGGGCGUCACCACGAGGUGGUGGAGGAGGAGGAGCUGCCGGAGGAGCAGGUGGCGCUGCUGCAGAGCCAGGACAUCCGCUACAUCCGGCAACGACGGCAGCUGGAGACACGCAAGCUGGCCCGCCUGACGGCCGAGCUGCACCUGCUGGACGCCGAGGGCAAGCAGAAGAACACGCACGUCUUCUUCACCGACGACAAGCGGGAAGCCCGUAGCCUGGACGUGGCGGCUCGGCUCCGGACGGCGCCCCAGCUGCUGGACCGCGCCUACAACCGACCGCGGCUGGAGGCAGCUGGCGCGGCUGCCGUCCGCCGCCAAGCUCAGCGAGCAGCAGCUGGACGUGAGAAGCGCGGCGGGAGGACGGAAGGGACUAGGAGGACACGCAUCCUGGAGGAGAAGAAGGCCCGCUACAGCGAGCUAACCAAGCGUCUGGAGCGGCAGAAGACCCUGGCGCUGAUGGAGCGGAGGAUGGAGGUGAAGCGGCACCUGCAGGAUAAGAAGGUGCUACCACCGAAGAAGGUGCACCCGGGCAACUCCAAGCAAGCGCCGGUGUACAAGUGGAAGACGGAGAGGAAGCGUUGACCAGGACAGGAUCAGUGUUGGUGGCAGAAUGGCCGGCGACUCGGUGAUCAGCUGGCGAAAGGGAAAUGGCGCACCGCACCGCAUCUACAGAUGGCGCCACCGGUCUCGAAAUACACGAUGGGUACUGUUU